CUGAAAAAACUCUCAAUUUUUAUUUCUUCAACUCAAAACGAAAACUCAAAAAUGGUUAAAGCAAAUUACGACGAUGGUGCCUUUUGUUUGAACAACGCCAAGAAGAGCGAAAUCAAGCAAUGGCUUAACUCCUUCGAUACCGUUAUCACAGAUUGCGACGGCGUGUUAUGGCUCGGACCUCGCGUGUUACCCGGCAGUCCUGAUGUCAUCAACUUUUUCAAAUCCAUUGGAAAACGCGUGUACUUCCUCACAAACAACUCGGAGAAAAUUCGCUCGGAAUACGCACAAAAAGCCCAAAGACUCGGCUACAACAUUGACGCAACGAAUAUCCUGUCGUCUUCGUACUUGGCAGCUGCUUAUCUGAAAGAACGGAAAUUCACGAAAACCGCUUAUGUGAUAGGCACGAGUGGAAUUACGCGAGAACUCAAAAUGGCGGGUAUCGAUUGCAUUGGCGUAGGUCCCGAUGUUCUUCAAAGCAGUAUUGACGAUAUGUUGCAUAACGAAUUCACGCCGCACGACGACGUUGGUGCUGUAAUUGUGGGCUACGACGAGCACUUUUCCAUUCCGAAACUCACAAAGGCGUGCGCGUAUCUGGAUGAUGCGGAAGUCGAGUUUGUUGCGACAAAUUCAGACGAACGAGAGCCGGGAAAGUUCAUUGUUCCUGGGCCCGGAGCGAUAAUUGCGAGUAUUGAGAACUGUUCGGGACGCCAAGCGACAAUUGUGGGCAAACCGAGUCCUUAUGUUUGCGAAUACAUCUUAUCGAAGAGCAACGUGACGCCUGAAAGGACUCUCAUGAUUGGCGAUCGCUGUAAUACGGACAUCCUAUUUGGCAAAAACUGCAAUUUUCAAACGUUGAUGGUCGAAAGCGGCAUUCAUAAUCGCAACGAUUUGGAGGAAUUUAUGAGCUCCGACGACGAGGAGAUUCAACGACAAGUGCCGGACUUUUAUUGCAAGAGUCUCGGAUCACUUUUACCGUUCCUUAAGUGA